AUGGGAGGCGGCUCGUACUAUGGAGGCAAUUCCGACGACGAGUCCAUAGAUCUGCGCAAGGCGCCAAGCUUCAUGAAAAUUUUUGAUGUGCAACGAAAUAUGGAGACCAUACGAAUCCCCGGCGAAUGGGUGAGCAAUUACGGCGAUGGAGUCCCAUCCCAUUGCACCUUGUCGAUGCCGAACGGUGUACCAUGGAGUGUUCAAAUGGUGAAAGAAAAUGACAUUUUUUACUUCAAACAGGGGUGGGGUGACUUCGUCCGUGGGAACACCAUUGAAAACAAGGACAUGAUCUCUUUCACCCACAUCGGCGGCGGUGAGUUCCAUGUGCUACGUUGCAACUUCCUCAUAGGGUGCCCUUCAAGGACUGACUAUGAUGCAUCAUUGAGCCGGGAGCGUGAUGACGAACUUGUUUUGGAUGUUGGUUCCUCCGAAGACUACUCCACAUCUGAUGAAUCUGAUGAUGAUUUUGAUACUGAAGUAGCUCCGAGCGACUACCCUGCUUUCAGAAUGGCUCUUACUAAGUCACACAUCCAGCAAACACUUGUGCUACCUAUGAAAUUCUGGAAAAAGCACCUUAGAAUGUCUGCGAUACAAGAAGAUAUAUAUUUUAACGUAGAUGGAACAACUUGGUUGAUGUCCCUCAAACAGAAGCACGGGCAGAUAAUGAUCAGGCAUGGUUGGCAGCAAUUUGCCCGAGCCUAUUCUCUGGUUGAAGGUAUGUCUUGCUUUUUUCAGUUGGUGGAUGCCGAUGAGGUCCACUUCUAUGUCUCAUUUGGUUACUGA